GUUCAUUCUUGAAGGUGAAUUUUAGAAACGCAGCAAAAGUUUCCGCUGUCAGAAGGAAUCUUCCAAUGGCGUCUCACAGGUUUCCGCUCAUCCGAUUAUUUUUUGCAGGAACUGGACACAAGACCCCUAAGAUGGGUUGUUGUCGGCUUCUAGAGGAGGAGCCGAGAAGGCCAAGACAUCAUCAUCAUCAUCAUCCAGCGGAGCCAAGAACAGCCAAACCCUUUCCGCCCACCGAGGAUCGCUGGCGGCCUCUUCUCGCAUCUUUUUCUGGGCUGGCUGCAAACACCUGCUUUGCUCCUGACUGAAUUAAACUGCGUCUACCAAUGAAGAGUCCAAGCAUGGCGGUGUUCAAACAACAGAAGGUAGAGGAUAUAUAUGAAAUUGGAGAAGAGCUGGGCAGUGGUCAAUUUGCAAUUGUGAAGAAAUGCCGAGAGAAGACCACGGGCAUGGAAUACGCGGCCAAGUUCAUCAAGAAGCGGCAGAGCCGCGCCAGCCGCCGCGGGGUGAGGCGCGAGGAGAUCGAGCGGGAGGUGAACAUCCUGCAGCAGAUUCUGCAUGCCAACAUCAUCCAGCUGCACGACGUCUACGAGAACAAGACAGACGUGGUCCUGAUCCUUGAGCUAGUCUCUGGCGGAGAACUUUUCGACUUCCUGGCCCAGAAGGAGUCCUUGAGCGAGGAAGAAGCCACCCACUUCAUUAAGCAGAUCCUGGACGGCGUCCACUACCUGCACGCCAGAAAGAUUGCCCAUUUCGAUCUAAAGCCUGAAAACAUCAUGCUGCUUGACAAGAACAUCCCCAUUCCGCACAUAAAGCUCAUUGAUUUUGGGCUGGCCCAUGAGAUAGAGGACGGCGUCGAGUUCAAGAAUAUUUUUGGGACCCCCGAAUUUGUAGCACCAGAAAUCGUGAACUACGAGCCUCUUGGGCUGGCCGCCGACAUGUGGAGCAUAGGAGUAAUCACUUACAUAUUGCUCAGUGGCGCCUCACCCUUCCUCGGCGAGACCAAGCAGGAGACGCUGGCCAACAUCACGGCGGUCAACUACGACUUCGACGAGGAGUUCUUUAGCCACACCAGCGCCCUGGCUAAAGAUUUUAUCCGGAAACUUCUGGUGAAAGAUACCCGCAAACGUCUGACCAUCCAAGAAGCUCUCUCUCAUCCCUGGAUCACGCCGACGGACAAGCGGCAGGUCCUGGUGAGGCGGGAGUCGGUCGUGAACUUGGAGAACUUCAAGAAGCAAUAUGCCCGGAGGCGUUGGAAGCUCACCUACAGCAUCGUCGCUCUGUGCAACCACUUGUCGCGUUCGUUGGUGAGAAAGGUCCACCUGAUGCAAAGUGAAACUUUGCGCAAUUGUGACAGUGACCACGAGGAAGACCUUGUGAACCCACUGGCGCCACCUCACCCUCUCUUGAGGAGGAGAAGCAGCAUCUCCUAAGGUGCUUGCCGGACACGGGGACUGGGCUGGAACCCAGAAGGCCUUAGAACGCAGCUCCUGCCCUCUUGAACCGUGGGGUCCGGGGCCUUUUCUUCUUCAAUCCCCCCCCAAGGCUUAAUGCAUAAACCUCAAGCCUCACGCAGGGAAAGAGUCUGGAGGUGGGAAGGAACCACGGUGACCCCCAGACCUCUGGGACUGUGCGGGAACGUUCUGUGCCGGAAGCCCAGGACUGGAGCAGACGGGGGGCCUCCGAACUCCGGAAAGACAAAACAGACAGCCGGGGCUUCCGUUGUAUUGUGAGAGGGAGGCAUCUGAGUAACGGCAGGUGAGACUGCAGGCCACCUGCGCUGAGGGCAGGAAGGCCAACAGCUGCCAUGGGCUGACUCCUUCCGGGCCUACAGAACUUUCCAGCUUUUCUCUUCAGAGGCCACAAAGGGAAGACUGGGCGGUGCCUCUUCCCGCUCUUGGUAAAAACUGCCUUCGCAGGUUGCAAGGAGGUGCUUCUCGCUGGGAGGCUUUGCACGGCUUGGGACUCCAUUUGGUAGGGGGGCGGCAGAGAGCCUUGUGCUGGGGGGGGGUCCUGGCGCUCCCGACGGGUGGGUGGCACUUCCUGGGCAUUUGGAUGCGAGCCCUGGUGAGUUCAGGAGAUGCUCGCUCCCGAGUAAGAGUGGCCACCGAAACAGGGCAAGCGAGUCUGGGAUCUGAAAAAGCCAAAGGCUCCUAUGGACGCCCGUCCUUCUCCACCUGGUACGGGGAUGGUGGGGGUUGUAGUCCGUGGCCUCUGGAGGGCACAGGAUGGAGAAGCCCAGCUUGCCCUCUACGCUGCAAUAUAAAGUGUGCAGAAUUUGUCCGUGGGAUGGUUGCACAAGAGCAGUGAAACGUCCGGGUAAGGGACCCGCUCAUUUCCCUGAGGUAUUUUUCCAGCCUCUUGUCUGCACUCGCUUUUCCUUUCAGCUUAUGUGGACCCAGCCACACCAUCGGGUGAGCCGGCCCACACGCCCGGCUGCUCCCUCCGUGUUCGAAACAACCCUGUGCUUGGUGAAAGUGUUCUGCUCGUGUUCUCUGGUAUAAUUUUACCUGCGGCUGCGACCAAAGCCUGCCAUCAAGCUUGCUUGAGCUUCACCCCAUUGCCUGUCCUGGUGGGAUUCAGCCCCGAUGGAUGUAGCGGGGUUUUCUUUUGUGGGAGUGUCGUGCUCCUCAAGCGGAGGCUGUGUGGUCUUCGCAGGCUCUCGUGUGUGGACUCCUGUUCUCUCUCUGUAACUAUUUGAUAAUUCACUACCUCUUUUUCUUCUGUACAGUCUAUUACCCUCUCUCCGUCGAAUUGACCCUUGAAGUUGAGGAGCCUUGUUCAAAAUAAGGAAAGCGACGUCUUUGUUCUGGUGUGUUUGGGGUUUAGGGUAACAGAGCCCAUCUCAAAUGCACAGCGAUCUGAGAACUGUCUCGAAGAUCCGCGCGGAGGGUCAACCCCUCGGGGCUAGAGUCGGCCGCUCACCUCUGAGACAAUCUGCUGAGGUGGCUUGGUUGCCAUCAAAGGGCCACACCAUCGUGGCUCUGCGGAAGCACUUUGGGAGGCUCUUGGUUUAGGGCUUGCCGUGGCCAGGGGAGAGGGGAGGCAGGAUUAGACCCCUCACUGCUUGUGGGUAGUUAAAAAAAAGAGGAAGCUUUGGAACUCUAUUCCAAAAUGUAAUUUUUAAAAAAAGAGCCUGUGCAAUAUGUCAUUGAAAUGCAAUUUAAAAGAGACCUCCUUGUUCCAGCCCGGCUUCCUGUCGCCCUACUGUUUUGAAUCAUUUAUCCAGCCAGCCGCAUAGGCUGUAACCUGGAUAGCUCCAGAGGGAGUGACCUCUCCCAUAAUUUGUCAUCUGAUCCUUACAAAGAACCCCUCUCUCACACAAAACCCCAACUAGAGAUGCUUCCAGCUUGGAACCGAGGCAGGUUUUCCACCUGGGCGCUGUGAUGGCAGAUGACUCGGGGCCUCGCUUGCCCUCCUCUUGGAUACCGCCAUCAUCUUGUUCCAUGUGUGAGAAAGAUGGAAGGAACCCAGCUAUCGAGCCACCUCCUGGCAUUUUGCCACUCGGAAAUGCUGCAGUGCAACUUGGCGUGCCCAAGACAUCUCGGCCUCUUCUGGUCAAAAAGCUGCCCUUCGCCUGAAGCUUUCAGAGGGAGGGAUAUAGACUCACAAAAAAUCCUGCCCGGAGAUGACUAGCUGUGACGGUUGUAUAGAACCUCCAGUGUCUGAGGCAGCCUACCCCUCCACCACAGACCCAGUGGUAAUAAUGUUCAUUGAUGUCUGGCUGUCCACGCAGAGGAAACAGGAUACUGGAAGUUGGCUCUGAUCCGAAAAGUACCUGCCCUUAAAGGUGGUCCCAGCGGCUCUCCUUGCUGGAUGAACCUGGAAACAAGGCAUUACAAGAGAGGAACCCCCUCCAAGCUGGACCCCUCCAAGCUGAACCCACGCCUCAGGUCACGCGCCCCUGCCCCAGGGUGCCUGGCUCUGUUUAGCACCCAUCGUCCCCGUGCUGCAAACGCACAGGAAAAUCAGAAGUGCUGCAAACGCACAGGGGGAUCUCCCUCCGUGCCCCCCUGGCACUGACUGCCCCAGAGAGCCCCAGCAUGCUUCCAGGCAGGGUGAAGACUCCAGGCCCCAUGGCUCUUCCUCCCCCCCCCGAAAGCUCCCGUGGGUCUUCCUGCCGAGGUGGGCUUUGGCUUGGGGGGCGGGCCCCCGCUGUACUGCGGGGGGGGGGCGGCAGCAGCUCCUCCUCCUUGAUCCUCCCAAUUCCCUAACACAGUUGCAGGGGACUCUGUGUGUGUGUGGUCCCCUGUGGCCUCACCCCCUUCCGCCUCUGUAGCGGACAGCCCCACCCUCACCUGUUCUUGGCUUUGGUGCGGCUGGACUGCUCCUCUCCUGGCCCUCCCACAUCUGGGCAGCCAGCGAGUAAGGAAGCAAGUGGGAGCUGGCCGGAGGCUCCUCCCGGCUCUUGCAGGCUCUCUCUCACAGGCGGGCUCUCCACGGGGCUCUCAGCAGCUGGACAGCUACUCGGCCGCUGGCUGGCAGGCGGCAAGCUCCUUUCCUCCGCUCUCGGGAAGCUGUUCCUGCCCCUGAGAAAGCAAGUCUCUGUGUACCUGGCGGCCAGAUGGUGCAUCCCGGCCUCGCCUUGUGCAAGACAGGCAGGUGGAGAACGGCUGGAUGGGAGGCGGGCAUUUCUUUGCCUCUUUCUGGAGGCUGUUCUUGACCUCCGGCGGCCCCUUCCUUCCUGUCCUCUUCUUGUUUGACUUUCCCAGCUGGGUUGUCCCGAAGGGGUUUCUGUCACGCCCCCCCCCCUUUCAGGCAGAUACCUUCCAUCCGGUUGAAUCCUGCUUCGCUUCCAUCUCGUCUUGCAACCUUCUUAUCCCACAUUUCCUCCAAGGAGCUGAAAGGGGAGCGUCGGCGGGCUCCUUCCCUCACCCCUGCGAGGUAGGAGAGGCGGAAGAGCCUCUGACGGGCUGUUGUGGGCGCCCCAGAGGGGGCUGCCUGUGCCUGGAUGGGACAGCCGUGUCCUUGGGGGGGGACCCCUGAAGUUUUGGAGGAGAGCAGACCUUUUGCAGCCAGGCGUGUGCUGUUGUUUGUAUAUGUCUUUUAAAAAGUAUAUGCCAUGUUGAAGACUCAUUAAACAAAUUAACAACAAAUGUCCCAGAGGGGUAGCUGUGUUACUCUUGGGCAGCCAAACCAAGGGCGUCUUUGUAAUCUUAAAGAAAACUAACAGAGGGCUGGAGGGUGAACGCCGCUUUCGUGGGCUGGAAUUCAUCCUGGCUGAGUGCUGUGCUGCUAGAUCUCAUGGUUACAAAGGCAAACACGGCAGGCAAACAUGCCUUGCGAGCUUCACGGGUUAUUAGCUGGGACAAAAUUUAGCAAGUAGCCAAAGUUUUAACAUAUAAUACCCUCCAUUCCAG